GCGGCAAGCUGCCUGCCAGCAGGCUCCAUCCAAACAGCCCCUAACUGCGGCACACGGCAGCAUAUGUUUUGGUUGGUGUCUGCAGAGCCGCUGCUUAGUUCAUUCCCUGGUGGCUGAUGCGGCACGGCGUGGUGACAGCAGCAUCCGUAGAUCUUUCAAAAAAAGACAGCAGCAUCCGUAGUUGUUGUUGUUCAACAACACAACGCGUCAUGGCGAAGCAUCUCAUCCUCGCCGCGUUCCUCGCCGCCGUGGCCCUGCUCGCGUCCGGCGCCGCCGGUCAGGACUACCCUCGGCUAGCGUGCGACUACACGGCCGGUAACUUCACGGCCGGCAGCAGGUACCUCGCCAACAUUGGCAUCGUCGGCGCCGCCCUGCCCAAGAACGCCUCCGCGUCGCCGGACCUCUUCGCCGCCGCCGCGGCCGGCGCCGCCCCGGACAAGGUCUGGGCGCUCGCGCUCUGCCGCGGCGACGCGAACGCCACCUACUGCCUCGGCUGCCUCGUCCAGGCGUCCCGCGACCUGCCCAACGCGUGCGCCUACAACAGGGACGCCGCCAUCUACUACGACCAGUGCAUGCUCGGCUACUCCGCCGCCGGCUUCCCCGCAGCCGCCGCCGCCGACUCCGCCGGCACCACCUACGAGUCCCCCAGCUACGAGGACAUCGCGCUGGAGGAGAGCCCGCGGUUCAACCGCUUCCGGGCCCUGCUCAUGAGCGCCACCGCCGACUACGCUGCGUACAACUCCACGCGGCGGCGCUACGCGGCCGGCGAGGUCGACAUGGACCUGCCGGACUUCCCCAAGCUGUACAGCUGGGCGCAGUGCACGCCGACGCCGGACCUCACGCCGGCGCGGUGCUGGCGGUGCCUGGCCGGGGCAGUAUCGCGGCUGUCCCUGCUGUACACCAACAGUAGCGUGGGCAUGGUUCUUGGGGUCAGAUGCAGCAUCCGGUAUCAGACGGACCCUUUUAUGGACGGUCCGGUGAUGGUCCGGCAAGCGGCAGCACACUCACCGAAUUCUGCCGCACCAAGCUCUGGAGCGCUAGCACCCGCACCCGCACCCGCACCACCGGCGGCGGUGCCGGCCGGCGGAGCAGGGAGAAAGUACAGUGUUCCUGGAUUGGUUCUUAUUGCUGUGCUGCCGGUUCUAGCAGCCAUGAACCUCAUCACUCUCCUGUGUUUCUGGAGGAGGAGGAGUCCAACAAAAACAAAGCAAUCGGGUCCGGAUUACAACAACGAAGCAGAGGGCAUGGAGAUUGUAGACACGAUGUUAAUAGACCUAUCUACCUUGCGAGCUGCAACUGGGGAUUUUGCAGAAGGCAACAAGCUUGGUGAGGGUGAAUUUGGUGCGGUGUAUAAGGGUGUUCUCCCGGACGGUGACGAAAUAGCAGUGAAGAGGAUGUCCAAGAGCUUAUCACAGGGAGUAGACGAGCUGGCGAAUGAGCUCGCUGUGGUUGCCAAGCUUAAGCACAAGAAUCUCGUCAGCCUUGUUGGCGUCUGCUUAGAGCAACAGGAGAGGCUGCUCGUCUUCGAGUUCGUUCCUAACAGGAGCCUCGACCUCGUCAUUUUCGACACCGAGAAACGCAAGCGCCUGGACUGGGGAAAGAGGUACAAUAUUAUCGACGGCAUCGCUCGUGGCCUCCAAUACCUCCACGAAGACUCCCAGCUCAAAGUUGUCCACCGUGAUCUCAAGGCGAGCAACAUCUUGCUAGACAGCAACAUGAGCCCCAAGAUAUCAGACUUUGGCCUGGCGAGAAUUUUCAGUAGAGAGCAAACCCAUGCUGUCACAAACCAUCUCGUCGGCACAUACGGAUACAUGGCGCCGGAGUACCGAAUGCGCGGGCACUACUCUGUCAAGUCAGACGUGUUCAGCUUCGGCGUCCUGGUCCUCGAGAUCGUGACGGGAAGAAGCAACAACUGCUGCUCCGACUCACAGCGGUCUGAAGAUCUCUUGACUUGGAUGUGGGAGCACUGGAUGGCCGGGACAGCGCUGGAGAUGGUAGAUCCGGCCCUGAAUGGCAGCUUCUCGGAAGACGAGGUACGGAGAUGCAUCCACAUUGGGCUGCUCUGCGUGCAGGAGAACCCGGGCGACCGGCCGGUGAUGGCGUCGGUGGUGAUGACGCUUGGCAGCGAUACGGUAUCCCUCCAGGCGCCCGCCAAGCCCGCGUCCUUCGCCAGCUACGGGGGUGCCAAACCCGGCGCCGCGUCAGUGUAAGAACGGCCGUCUGAUGUAAGAUAAGAAAUAGUAAGGAGGAAUGAGCACGAUGUAAUGUAAGGAGUGUGCUGCCUUAAGUUUGUACGUACGAGGAAGCACCCCAUGGAGAGUUUUUACGGUGCCUUUUGAUACUACCUAGCCAGUAGUACCAUUGGUUAAAUCCACUCUUCAUUAGAGCAGUUUUGUAAUCAACUUAUUUUUGUCAAAAUUAUCUAUGUUGAUAUUAAUGAUACAUUCAAAUGAUAUUACGAUACUA